UAUAAAUGAGGCAGGGCUAAGGGUCUAGUCAUAGCUCGAGGAAAAAGGCUUAAAUAAACCAGUCUCUAGAUGUGACUUGAUUCUGUACUGUUCAUGGACUAGCAGAACAACAUGGAAGAGCUGAGGAAUAGGGGCCAAAAGAGAGAGGGGAGGCACAGGGACACAUGGGAUCCCUUUCAGCUAAAUCCGAUUGGAGCUGAGAAAGAAAAGAAGAAAACAUGCUUGAUGUUAAUGCAGCACUUCAUGGCAGUGGUUAUAGGCUUAUUGGUCUUGACCAGUGCCGUCAUCAGCAAGGGUUCUCUUCUGACAUUGGCCACACUUUCUAGUCCAAAAUCCCUCAGGACUUCUACAGAUAGGCAGUUCUACACCCUACUGCUGAUGUGUGCCCUGGUAACACCCAACCUGCUGGUGUUCCUCAAAUGUCUGUGGAAAUGUGCCUUCAAAAGCUAUGUUUCCCCCAACAUGAAAAUCUUGGGAAUUAUUUCAGCAAUUGAGAUCUCAGUGGCGGUGGGGACCUCAGUCUUGGUUCUGGUUGUGAUGCCUCAGUUUGAUGUUCUGACCAACCUUUUCAUAUCAGGAGGAGUUUGCAUUGGCACUGCCUUCCUUCAUGCUUUCUUUCGACUUCAGCACCACCGCUGGAUGAUCAUUUUCCCUAUUUGCUCCAUUGUUCUAGUGUCCACUGGCUACUGCCUGCUUGCUAUUGAUUACUAUGUGCGAAUAACUUCUCAUACCGCACACCAAGAGCAAGACUGUUAUUACUAUGUUGGCAUUGCUAUAUUUGCUUCUCUUCUAAUUUCUUUUAACUGGUGGGAAAAUUCUCUACAGGCCAGCAACAAGAUUCAGGAUAUGCUAAGCGAAUUAGAUAGGUUCAGAGAUUCUGUCUUCAUGUUUACCAGUCUCAUGAGGAUUGCUGUUACUGUUGGGGUGUAUUUCUUUUAUUAUUGCCUAAUAGCUGAGAACCGCAUCAACUGGGGUGCUUUCACAGAAAUUUCAGAAGAUACACUUGAGGUGGGCCUUGGAGUGUUUUUCCUCCAAAUCUUCUGCUCUGCUGCCUGCCAUUGGUUUGGGGUUGUGGCCUGCAAGAUACAUGCAGUGAGAAUGAGCUUUGCCACGCCAGUCUCACUGACAGGUCCUGUAACACUGAUUGUAGGCAUAACACUUUUCCUGACUCAAGCAAGCACCUUGGAUGUGGAACCAGAUAUCUCAUACUUCUCUGAGUUGACUGCCAACUACUCACCAAUCUAUAACCCAUUUCUGGACUUUUGUUCUGGUAUUGUGAAGCUGAAGGAUUCUAACAGUACUUCACUGAUCAUCCUGGAGCUCACCAAUAGUAUCUGUAAAACAACACUGAGUAGUCAUUAUGCAGUUUGGCCUUUCUCCAUGCUUGCACUUGAAGGUGCCUGCAUGUGGCUUGGGUUGAUUUCAUGCUCAUAUUAUGUGUGGAGCAUGAAGGUGCCCCUUAUUGAGCGGACAUCACAGCUCUUUGUCCGCCGGCUGUAUGAAUCCGCUUUCAUCGAUCAGUCACUACUACUAAACACCAAAAUGAAAGUGAAAAACCCAGAGAGCCAUGAAGAGGUAGAAAAUGUUGUCAUAUAUCUCUGUGCAACAAUGUGGCAUGAAACAUAUGAUGAGAUGCUUAAGAUCCUUACCUCAAUGUUCAGGCUGGACAGGUACAGAGGUGACCCAAAAGAAGAACAUAAGAAUUUCUUUGAAUUCGAAUGCCAUAUUUAUGUUGAUGAUGCCUUCAUGAAAGAGACAGAGACUGACACAAAGUUGGUCAAUUCAUAUGUGGAAGAUCUAAUCAAUGUGGUCAUAGAAGUGUACAGAGUAUUCACAAACAAAGAGCCAGAUGAGGUGUCUAUCAUUGACACUCCUUAUGGUGGUCGGAUUGCAUUUGUGCUACCUGAGGGAAAUAUGUUAUAUGUCCAUCUCAAGGACAAAGAGCUUAUAAGAAACAAAAAGAGAUGGUCACAGAUAAUGUAUAUGUAUUAUCUCCUGGGUUGGAAAGGUUACAUAGUGAAAAAUCCGCAGAAAAUCACUAGACAGAACUUUGUACACCGUCCAAGUCUCAUAUCACUGGAUGGAGAAGCUUACCUCUUACCAAACUUUGACAAUGAUAGUAAAAGAAAAUACAUAUCAGAUGACAAUACAUAUAUCUUGGCUUUGGAUGGUGACACUGACUUCCACCCCUCUGCUGUGAUUUUACUGGUUGAUCGUCUGCGAAUGUAUGCUAAUGUAGGUGCUGCGUGUGGAAGAAUUCAUCCAACUGGAAUGGGGCCAAUGGUGUGGUACCAGAAAUUUGAGUAUGCUGUGGGUCACUGGCUCCAGAAAACAGCAGAGCAUGUAUUUGGGUGUGUUCUUUGCAGCCCUGGAUGCUUCAGUCUGUUCAGGGGGUCAGCUUUAAUGGAUGACAAUGUGCUCAAGAGAUACACCACCAAAGCCACAAGGGCUUCUGAGUACGUCCAAUAUGAUCAAGGUGAGGAUCGCUGGCUUUGCACAUUGCUUCUGCAGCAGGGAUGGAGAGUGGAGUACAACGCUGCCUCGGAUGCUUAUACUAAUUCUCCUCAAGAAUUUAAGGAGUUCUACAACCAAAGGCGCCGCUGGGGCCCCUCAACUCUUGCCAAUACUUUAGACCUCCUACACAGUGGAAAAGAAACUGUAAAAAGAAACUCUUCCAUAUCUAUGCUCUACAUCUUCUACCAAAUUUUCACUGUCGCUUCUUCGAUUCUUGGACCUGCUUCAGUCACCUUGAUGGUAGCUGGGGCUUUCCAGUUUGUGUUUAGAAUUGAAGGGACUCUGUCUAUUAUCAUAUCCGUCAUACCACCAGUUGUUUACAUGCUAAUUUGUUUCUUCACCAAAUCCAACUUUCAAAUUACCAUCGCAGCCAUUCUAAGUGUUUUCUAUGCAUUUCUAAUGACCGCGUCUUUCUUCUCCAUUAUUGGUGACAUGGUGAAAGAAGGCACAUUCAUCACCCCUACUGGGAUAUUUCUGGUGUCCAUGGCGAUCUUGUACUUUGUCACAGCAUUACUUCAUCCGCAGGAGUUUGGCAUGAUUGUCUACGGUCUCAUGUAUUUUAUAUGCAUCCCCAGUGGUUACCUCCUCCUUACUAUCUACUCCUUGGUCAACAUGAACAUAGUCUCCUGGGGCACUCGUGAAUCCGCCAAAGAGAAGGAACAGAAAAGACAUGUUGGAGUUUUGUGCAACCGCAACUGCAAACUCUGUUGCUGGGAUGUAAAUAUCCAAGUCACUCAAGAAACUGAAAACUUGAUGCUACAGCAAAUCCAGCAGGCAGUUAAUCCAAAUGGUUUAUCCAAUGCUUCAUCAGGCAGAGCAGAGAAGGAGACAACUUUGCAGGAUGCCGAAGAAAGUUUAAAUCACUCUGAAACUGACAAUAACCCUAUGGAAAAUAAUAGAGGUGUUUCACUGAGGAUGAGGAACAUCAAGAAUCUGUCCAAUGACAAGGAAGAUACAAAAUCUGUGAACAGUACAAGUGACUUCAGCAUGGAUCAAAAAACGAACACAUCAUAUGAUGAUGAGGAGGAGGAGGAUGAGGAGGAAUAUGACGACUUGGAUACAUACAAUGAUAAAGAGGAGCAAGAAAAGGAAGUUGUACCUGAGAGUGACUGGGUCAAACCAGUGAAAUCUGUAUUCCUGAGGAAGCUUACUUUUGCAAAUCUUAAGAGGAACCUCCAGGAGCAGAUUAGGUACACCCUCAGAAAUAAGAACCAGGAAGAUCUGUGUGAGGAACUUGUGCAGACACUAUCAGAAACGCUUACUGAAGAACUAAGGGACAAAGUGGGCCCGGAGGAUAUUUUGUCGGAGAGCCAACUAGAAGAACUACAGGAUGCACUUAAUGAGUCAGCUAGGAGGAUCCUGAAGAGCAACCGCAUGCAAAUCAACCACAUGAAGCGACUGGAGGCAAGAGUCAAGAGAGCUAUAGAGAAAACCCUGGUAGCUCCUCAGGUUAUAAGACUGAGUGAGGAUGAGACAGACUUCUGGAACAAACUGAUAGAGCGCUAUCUGAAACCUAUACAAGAUCCCAAAAGCCAUCUAGAGCUAGUGGAAAGGGAACUGAAAUCCCUACGGAACAAGGCAGUAUUUCUGUACUUUAUUGUGAACGUCUUAUGGGUUGUGGCCACAUUUUUUCUUCAAGCCAUUGGAGGUGACAUAAUUAGCAUCAAGAUUCCUAAAUAUCUGCCUAAUGGCACUUUGGCUGAUGAACCUUUGAAGGUGGAACCACUAAGUUUAAUGUUCUUGCUGUCUUUUGCCUUACUUCUGUUGAUCCAGUUUCUGGCUAUGCUUUACCACAGAGUAUACACCUUUAUCCAUGUGUUAGCCUACAGAGGCAUGGAGAAGGACUACAGAGAAAAGGAUCAAGAUGAGGAAGCCAUGAUCUUGGAGAACCAAAAUGUAAAUGAGCUUGUCAUUACCGAUGCUGACUUGAGAUGAGAUGAAGAGAUGUGCGAUUUCGGUAAAUUUAUAUUUACUUAUGACUGCGCUCUUGUAAUAACAGUUUUAG